AAAUCUGAAUGUUCCUCCGAUCGGAGCAACGCCGCGCAGUCGCCACGUUUUUAGUUUGUUUGUUGAUUUCUUGAUGGUUGGCCCCCGUGUCUCGUGCAGAAGUAAACAUUGGACUGCCAUUCCGAUACGUUUAUUUUGGGUGUCUGCAUAAAAAAUAGAUAUUUAUUUUUGAAAUAAGUCAGCCAAACGGCAAGUACCGACGAAAAGGACACACAGAACGGAGGCUUAUAUACACAAUUAGCCACAGUGAAUGGGUCCAGAGCCGGAUACAACGAUUGAAUACGAAGAGCAGGAGCUCUAUCGGAGCCGCACACGGAAACCGCAAAGCAGGAACAACACUCCCCUAGGCGAGGAUACAGCCAGACCUAGACCCACAAUCCGAACACCAAUCCACUUCCCAACAAGCAAACACAAACACAACCCAACACACACACGCAAUGUCGGACACAACCUCUUUUGAGCUGGGAUCGGCCUCCGACCGACCCCCGAAUAGGUUUCAAGUGAAUCCGGUCAACGGCAAUAGUCGCAAGACACAGGCGCCCGCACCCCCAACGGGGCUAGCCGACGGAACCGGCGACAGCCAGGGACAACACGAAGUCUACCGCCGGCUGACAAACAUCGAGGGAGACCUACUCGAGGACGACGCCUUCGAUGCUACCCAAAUGCUGAACAAACACCAGCCUAGGCAACAGAGGCAGUCCAUCAAGAGCAGCUUUCGCGACAAGGAUAAGCCGUCGCGCUUCAGGGAUCUGAAGCAGACGACGACACGCUUUCAAGUGGACCCCAGGAGCGGCGACUCGGACGAGUCCAACGAUUCGCAGGAGGAGCGCGAGCUGCUCGACAGCGAAAUCUACGAUACGAAAUAUGGUAAAAGUUUUCGGCACUUUACGCGCGAGGCGCUGCCGCGUUUGGACAACUACCGGAACAUGAUGUCCAUUCAGGCGGCCUACCGUCCCACACUCGAUGAGCUGCACAACGCCACGCUGACGGGCAAGAACACGCACAGCUUGACGCGGAAUCAGGAUCCCGAAUCGGGCGUCAUGAAUGGCAUGUUGAAAUUUGGCUGGAUCAAAGGCGUGCUCAUACGCUGCCUGCUCAACAUUUGGGGCGUGAUGCUCUUCCUGCGCCUCAGCUGGGUGGUGGGACAGGCGGGCAUCAUCGAGGGCUUCGUCUUAAUACUGACAACGACCGCUGUCACGACCAUCACGGCAUUGUCGAUGUCAGCGAUAAGCACUAAUGGUGUCAUCAAAGGAGGUGGCACCUAUUACAUGAUAUCCCGCUCGCUGGGCCCCGAAUUUGGCGGCUCCAUUGGCCUCAUUUUCUCGCUGGCAAAUGCCGUCGCCUGUGCCAUGUAUGUCGUCGGCUUCUGCGAGUCCAUGUUGGCCAUGAUGACGGACUUUGAGUGGCAAAUUGUCGAUGGAGGUGUGCAGGAUGUGCGCAUCAUUGGCUGCGUCACCAUAUUGCUGCUGCUGAUCAUCGUUGUCGUUGGCAUGGAGUGGGAGGCGAAGGCACAAAUUGGUCUCUUGAUCAUUCUGCUGGUGGCCAUUGCGGACUUUGUUAUUGGCACCUUCAUUGGACCCAAGAACGAUGAGGAUCGCGCCAAGGGUUUUCUGGGCUACAAUGGCACCACUUUCAGCACCAAUCUGUUUGCUGAUUAUCGCGAGGAGAAGGGCGUGCAGCAUGACUUUUUCUCGGUCUUUGCCAUCUUCUUUCCAGCUGCCACAGGCAUUCUGGCGGGUGCCAAUAUCUCUGGUGAUCUGAAGGAUCCUCAAAAAUCCAUUCCCAAGGGCACCAUCUUGGCCAUUGUCAUUACCACUGCCACAUAUUUGAUUAUGGUGCUGCAGUGCGGUGGUGCAGUGGUGCGCGAUGCCACUGGCAACAUUUCGGAUGCGAUCAAUGGCUCCUUUGCGUUUCUCGAUUGUGCGAAUGGUGACUGCAAAUUUGGGCUGCAAAACUCUUUCCAGGUGAUUGAGCUGGUCUCGGGCUUUGGGCCGCUCAUCUACGCGGGUUGCUUUGCUGCCACAUUGUCCUCGGCGUUGGCCAGUUUGGUCUCGGCACCCAAAGUGUUUCAGGCACUCUGCAAGGAUGAACUCUACCCAAAGAUCGUCUGGUUCGCCAAGGGUUUUGGCAAGAACAAUGAGCCCGUGCGUGGUUAUGUGUUGACUUUUAUCAUUGCCUCUGCCUUCAUUUUGAUUGGAGAACUCAAUCUGAUUGCGCCGCUCAUUUCGAACUUCUUUUUGGCCGCCUACAUGCUGAUCAAUUUCAGCACCUUUCACGCCAGUCUGGCUAAGCCCGUGGGCUGGCGACCAACCUUCAAGUAUUACAACAUGUGGCUGAGUCUGCUGGGCGCCAUACUCUGUGUGGCCGUCAUGUUUCUCAUCUCGUGGGCCACCGCACUUAUCACAUUCUCCGUGGUGCUGGCUUUGUACUUAAUUGUGGCCUACCGCAAGCCGGAUGUCAACUGGGGCUCCACCACGCAGGCGCAGACGUACAAGAAUGCCCUGAUGUCCGUGCAGCAGCUGAACAAUGUCGAGGAGCACGUGAAGAACUAUCGACCGCAGAUCCUCGUGCUCUCGGGACUGCCCAACACACGCCCCGUGCUGGUCGAUCUGGCCUACAUGCUGACCAAGAACCUUUCGCUGCUCGUCUGCGGGCAUGUGCUGCGCGGCUCCAGCUCCCAGAAGUAUCGCACAUAUCUGCAGGAACGUGCCGCCAAUUGGUUCCGCAAGCAUCGCGUCAAGGGCUUCUAUGCGCUGGUGGACGGGGAGGACUUUGAGUCGGGCACACGCGCCCUCAUGCAGGCCACAGGCAUUGGCAAGCUGAAGCCCAACAUUCUGCUGCUGGGCUACAAGACUGACUGGCAGACGUGCGAGCACAAGGAGCUGGAUCAAUACUUUAAUGUGAUGCACAAGGCCCUGGACAUGUAUCUCUCGGUGGCCAUUCUACGCGUGCCCCAGGGACUGGACUGCUCGCAGCUGCUGGGCUCGCAGGAUGGCUGGAAGACCGUGUCGGAAGUGCCGCGCACAUUGCAGCCCAACGAGAGCUCUGGGGAUUUGCAGGCGGCGGACAGCAGCGCCAGGAAUGGCCUCGGUGGCAGCAUUGACUCGCUCAGCCGCAAUGUGUCCGUGUCACAAGAGGAAGGCGGCGGGAUCGCUGGCCAUGCCCUGCUCCACGCGGAGAACAGCCUGAAGAUGGUCAAAUUGCGCUUUAAGCAGAGUCUGCGUCGUAUGCGCUCCUGGCCCGGUGCAGGUGAAGCCUCCAGCACCAGCGACCUCUCGUUUAUAGCGAGCAAUCAGGCUAAAGAUGUUUCCGGUUCACCAGAUCCACUCGAGGCCAAGACGGCCAAUGUGGUGCCCAACACGCUGCGCAAGUCCAAGCUGAAACACGAUGAUCCUGCUUCGCUGUACAAGGGUCCUGGCGGCUUGGAGCUGCCCAAGGAGAUACUCAGCGACCUCACACAGUUUACGCGUAAGCGUAGCCAUGCCGUCAUCGAUGUCUGGUGGCUGUACGACGACGGAGGACUCACGCUGCUGCUGCCGUACAUCAUCAGCACGCGGCGCACCUGGCAGUCAUGCAAGCUGAGGGUUUACGCACUGGCGAAUAAAAACUCGGAGCUGGAGUUUGAGCAGCGUUCCAUGGCCAGUUUGUUGUCCAAGUUUCGCAUUGACUACUCUGACCUGACGCUGAUACCGGACAUAACCAAGAAGCCGCUGGAAUCAUCCACGCAAUUCUUUAAUGAGCUCAUUAAGGACUUCGUGGUGAGUGAAAAGGACACAGAGAACGGCAACAGCAGCAGAGCAACACUCAAUGAGGAUGAGACACUCAUAACGGACGAUGAUCUGCUGGCCGUGCAGGACAAAACCAAUCGUUAUCUGCGCCUGCGAGAGUAUCUGCGGGAGCAGUCCACCAAGUCGGAUCUGGUGGUCAUGACAUUGCCCAUGCCACGCAAGAACAUUGUCUCCGCACCGCUCUACAUGGCCUGGCUGGAGAGUCUCAGUCGGGACAUGCCACCGUUCCUGUUUGUGCGCGGCAACCAGACGAGCGUGCUGACAUUCUACUCGUAGAGGCAGCACCCGGGGAGGCAUUCUAUUGUAUUCUACUUACACUCACACUCACUUUUAUUGUUAGCUGUACGAGUAUUUUAUUCUUAGCUGUACCACCUAUGUACAGUUGUGUUCAAUGAAAUAGUAGUGCCGCGCCACACAAUUUUCACAACUAUUUUUGAGACCCUUCCAGUCUUU